AUGGUUCGCUUUGUGACACCUUUGGUCCUGGCCUCGCUGUCAUUGACCGCUUUGGCCGCACAAUCUUGCAACAACAGCAAGCAGUGCAAGGAUGAGAAAUACCCCUGCUGCUCUCAAUAUGGUGAGUGUGGUACGGGCGCCUACUGCCUUGGUGGUUGCGACCCUCUCGCCUCCUUCUCUCUCGAUUCAUGCGCCCCUAUGCCCGUCUGCGUGAGCAAGACUUACAACUGGGACAACCUCGACAACUCCAUCACCCAGGACAAGUACCUCGGUAACGCCAGCGCUGCCGAUUGGACCUACAGCGGAAAGGAGGUCAAGACUGAGGAUGGCAACCUGAUCAUGACCAUGCCUGCCAAGAGUGUCGGUACUCUCUUCGCCAACAACCACUACAUCUGGUACGGCAAGGUUUCCGGAAAGUUCAAGAGCUCCCGCGGCAAGGGUGUCGUGACUGCUUUCAUUCUUCUCUCCGAUGUCAAGGAUGAGAUCGACUACGAGUGGGUCGGUUCCGAUUUGACCGCCGUGCAGACCAACUACUACUGGCAGGGUGUUCUGGACUGGCACAACAGUGGCAACGUCAGCGUGGAAGGUGAGGAUACCUUCAACGACUGGCACACCUACGAGAUCGACUGGACUCCCGAGAAGGUUGACUGGAUCGUCGACGGCACCGUGGCCCGCACCCUGAAGAAGGCCGAUACCUACAACGAGACCUCCAAGCAGUACGAAUUCCCCCAGACACCCGCCCGUCUUCAGAUGUCGCUCUGGCCCGCCGGUCAGCCCAGCAACGCCCAGGGUACAAUCGACUGGGCUGGUGGUGUGAUCGACUGGAACAGCGAGGAUAUCAAGAAUGUCGGUUACGACUAUGCCACCGUUGGCGAGGUCACCGUCAAGUGCUACGAUCCUCCUUCCGAUGCCACCAAGAAGGGCUCCAAGGCCUACGUCUACACCGAUGCCGCUGCCAUGGAGGGCGACAUCUCCAUCACCAACAACUCCACCGUUCUUGCCUCCCUCGGCGCCACCGGUCUCGACAUGGAUCUCGGUGCUGACAAGUCAAGCUCUUCCACCUCUAAGAAUUCUUCAUCCACCUCUGUGUCCAACAGCAUCCCUACUAGCAAGGGAGGUUCCGGUGGCAUGACCAGCAAUGAUUCCGAUGGUUCCAGCUCCAGCUCCAGCUCUGGCACUUCCACCACCGAUAACGAGGAGACUAGCACUUCCUCGGGCUUCACCCAGGGUACCACCACCCAGGACAGCGGUGCGGCCGGUCAGAAUGAGCGUGUCCUCCGUGGAUCGCUCUUUGGAGUCCUGGUGGCUCUUGUUGUCCUUGUGACGCUAUAA